AUGACGACACUGACCUCAAAACUAUGCCAGGAUCGUCAAGCGAGAACUGCUAUUGAAAAUUUAUUUGACUCAGUCGAUGAUUUUACAGAACGAAUAGAUAAAUUAUUAAAGUUGAUGACGAGAAAGUCAAAACAGCAGAAUAUUGUUAAUAAAUGUAAUAAGACAGAUAUUCAAGCGGAUGACAACAGUCAUAACCGACAAGAAAUAAAUGAAGACGAAGAUGAGGAUCAACAAUUUCAACUAAAUAAUUCAAAACUGAAAAAACAUAAUGCAAAUGAUGAUGAUGAUGAUGAUGACGAUGAUGGAAGUCAAUUUGUUAUUCCGUUGAAAUUUGUUAGAAUAGUCAAGUCGCAACAAGAGACUAAACCAUAUUAUAAACAUUUAUCAAAGUAUCCGUGGUUAGUUAGAUAUAUUUGUAAUGAAACUAAUUCCUAUCCGAAACCGUCGUUCCGCUUGUUAAACACGUUUAUCAAAGUGCAUAUUACUCCAACACCAAAUCGAUUAUUCAUCAAAAGUAUACAAGAUGAGAUUAUCGAUUUACAUCAAAAGUUUAUAAAACCAAUAAAGUAAGUGUUUAUACUUAAACGAAUACCAUUUUCGUGACAAGUGGAAAGCCAUUUGUAGAAUCAUAGAGAGUCGAUGUCUCCAUCGUAUGUGUGAAACAGUAGUUUUAGACUCACAUGCUAUAUUUUUUGCGACUGAGAGCAUCUUUAAAAGGUACUGUUUUUGUCGAACUCGUCCCACUGUCCUAUCGCAACUGAGGAAAACGAAUGAUUCAAGUUUAUAUGGUACAAAAAAGGGAAUCUAAACAACAUGCUGUUCGAUUUUCAUUUUGUUCUUCUAGAAUACCAACAAAAGUAGUAAAAUCUAAAAGGUUAAGUAUCCCGAAACGCAGAUCGAUGUGAAUGAAUAUGUUUAUAUAAUUUUACUUUUUAUCCGAUACUGUUUUGUUUUCUGUGCAUGAAUUUGCUAAUAUUACUUAUACUUUAUUUUGUUAGAUUUAUUUGUUAUUCUAAAUGCUCCUUGCAUGUGAGCUAUUUUAAUGUCUUUCGUUUCUUUUGAAAAUUAAAAAUAUAACUGAGGAAACGAAUCGUUGGAUACAACACAGGAGAGAAACAAAAUGUUUUAAAUAGUCUAAUUAUAGAUAUACAAUUCAAAUAAAAAUAUGUCGUUCAUCGGUAACACAUUUUCUGAUGACUAGUGUAAGUGAGUUAUAACACCGAGCCAAAUUUUAAUCCGUUCACUUCGUUUUUUCUAGAACUAGGUCAACAAACGUAAGACUGUCAAUGCAGCUGUAUAGAAUUUCAUAAUAAAAAGGUAUUCGGUGAGCUCUAUUCAGUGAUAUCACAAUGAUGGCAUAUGCAAGCGUUUUUUCUUGAGAUAUCUUUAAUUUUUUCUAUUGUUUUUGUAUUUUAUGCACUUGUAAGAUUAUAAAAUUUUGAAAACGAAAAGAUUUUAUUGUUUGACUAAGACUUAUUUUGAAAGAAAAACCAAUUGUUACGCAUUAGUCAUAGUUGACUUUUAUCCAAGUAGGUAAAAAAUUUGUAGAAACUUCGUACCGACAUCGUAGCUCUAUAUAAUGCUGAAAAUAAGAAAAGUUUUAGGUAUUUUGGACUCAGUUUUAAUAAGGCAGUGUUUGCUUCAUAAUACUUGGUCGAAAUGGACUUCACUGUACAUCAUGAGAUCGAGAUGUUAACAAAUAAUCAGAUGAUUCAACUUUAUAUUCGUUUUUAAAAAUAUAUUCUAUAAACUAUCAUGAGCAUGUAUCUACAGUGCGGGUCAACUGAAUUUCUCCUCCAUUUAUCUCGAAUAGCAAACAAGAAUUAUAAGGAAAAAAAAAUACAACAGAAAAUGUCCUAUACUUAUUUACCACAUACAACUUAGAUUUAAAACGCCCGACAAAAAUAUGUUGCUCGCUAGAUAAAUAAUAGUUUUGAACGUCAGACUUUUGUAUCAAUAUAACUCGCACUGGAUGCUAACUACCGAACUUCUUUGACUGAAUGAUUCGUAAGACAUAAGCGUUCCAUUCUUUUUUUCUAAAAUGCUAAUAACUUCUGACCCUACGUGAUGAACUCGUGCUGUUUUUAACCAAAUAUAGCUGUGAUCCUUCUCUACAUUCGAUGUGAAUUUAAAGCGUUGGCUCUUAAUAGUUACUAAAAGACAGCUGAAAGACAGCUUUGUAAAAAUUACUUAUGAAAUCUUCACUGCUAAAGUGUUAUGUUGAUCAGGCCGGCGAUGAGUCUUCUUUACUAACUGUUGAAACACUUCCUUCAACUCUUCAACGACUUUUUCUUUAAAAAAAUCAAAGGAAAAGUGUUGGGGCAAUAAGAAAAACCCAAAAUUAUUGUCCCAAAAUCACCUGCAGGUGGUGCACCCUGCGAAGAUAUUUUGCGAAAGAUGUCACACCACUGAAAAAGUUUGGAAUUUUAACUUUUGAGACGACAGACAGGU